AUGAGGCCACAUGGCAGGCACACCGAGUACCUCCACUCUCACAUGAGGCCACAUGGCAGGCACACCAAGUACCUCCACCCUCGCAUGAGGCCACAUGGCAGACACACUGCGUACCUCCACUCUCAGAUGAGGCCACAUGGCAGACACACCGAGUACCUCCACUCUUGCAUGAGGUCACAUGGCAGACACACCAAGUACCUCCAGUUGCACAUGAGGCCACAUGGCAGACACACCAAGUACCUCCACUCUUGCAUGAGGUCACAUGGCAGACACACCAAGUACCUCCAGUUGCAAAUGACGCCACAUGGCAGACACACCGAGCACCUCCACCCUCACAUGAGGCCACAUGGCAGACACACCGAGUACCUCCACGCUGGCAUGAGGCCACAUGACAGACACACCAAGUAUCUUCAGUUGCACAUGUGGGCACAUGGCAGACACACUAAGUACCUCCACUCUCACAUGAGGCCACAUGGCAGACACACCGAGUACCUCCACUCUCACAUGAGGCCAUGUGGCAGACACACCGAGUACCUCCACUCUCGUAUGAGGCCACAUGGCAGACACACCGAGUACUUCCACCUUUGCAUGAGGCCACAUGACAGACACACCGAGUAG